AUGGUGGCGUGGGAGAAACAGUAUUUUCUAGGAUCUGGAUCACAUGGAAAGGUGCACUUGGCCGUUCUUCAACCCGCAGGGGAAUUGGUGAUGGCGGUGAAGUCCGCUGGUAUCCAUCACUCAAGCUCCCUGCAACGGGAAGCAGUGUUUUUGGAUGCCGUCAGAAACUGCCCCUUCAUCGUUCGAUGCUUCGGGGAAGACGUAAGCAUGGAGCAUGGACAACAAGUGUACAACCUUAUGUUAGAAUAUGCUCCAAGAGGAACUCUCCAUCAAAUGAUCAGGCGUACCGGCGGGAUGUCGGAGUUGCUGGCCGGAUAUUACACUUAUCAGCUUCUUAAGGGUAUCCAUUACAUGCACACCCUGGGAAUCCUCCACUGCGACUUGAAGCCCGCCAACGUUCUUGCCUUCCCGGGAAACUUUAACGGCGGCUUGACGCGGCUCAAGCUCUGCGACUUCGGGCUGGCCAAGUUUUCCGACGAGAACAAUGUUUUCGGCGAUGCCCAUCGCGGGACGUUACUGUACGCGGCGCCGGAGUGUUUAAACUCGAGAUCGUACACGGCGGCAAAGGAUAUCUGGGCGCUGGGCUGCAUCUUCGUCGAGAUGCUCACCGGGAAACCCAUGUGGCAAGUUGGCAACGAACGUGAGUUAGCCAGGAAAAUAGCGUCCGACAACCCAGAUAUACCAGAGCAUCUGUCCCCUCCGGCGAAGAGUUUCUUGAAAAUGUGCUUAGCGACAGACCCAUGGCGAAGAUGCUGCUGCGUCACCCAUUCCUUGAGAGAUUCGGUGUUGUUGAAUGCAAGGAAGAUGAAGGGUUUGUGA